GCACGACAUAGUAAACAGAGCGCUGCGCUGAGGCGACUCGCAGCUCCCGCAGCUCCACGCACGCUUUUGCUGCGCUCUUGUUGGACGUCUCGAGGCCCCGUGCCAGUCGCUCUUUUGCCGUGGAUAUACGCCAGGUCGUACACCAGCAUACGCACUCGUCCUUUGUCCCUGGUACUCGUUGCCGUACCGUCACCGCAUACUCGUUUCCGACACCGUCACCGUACCCGAUACCGUACUGUCCCCAACUCGCACCCACACCGUCACCACUCGCACCACGCGCCCCCCUCGCACCAGCGCAUGCACACACCCCGCGGCCACCCAUCCCCGCCUCCAUGGCGGCCAAACUCAACAUGGCGGCCUUUGGCGGCGCGCACACGGCCGGCAUCUUCUCCGACAUGACCGUCGACGGGCCGGUGAUAGGCACGCUGGUGGCCAUCAUCGACCGCGCCCGCAACCUGCCCAACAAGCGCACCAUGGGCAAGCAGGACCCCUACUGCGCCGCGCGCCUCGGCAAGGAGGCGAAGAAGACGCAGACAGACAAGCGCGGCGGCCAGACGCCUCGGUGGGACCAGGAGCUGCGCUUCACCGUCCACGACUCGCCCGACUACCACCGCAUCAAGGUCUCCGUCUUCAACGACGACCGUAAGACGGAGCUGAUCGGCGACACCUUCAUCGGCCUGACCAACGUCAUCCACCCCGGCGGCGGCCAGUCGGACGGCUGGCACGCCCUCGACUGCCGCGGCAAGUACGCCGGCGAGAUCCGCAUUGAGUUCACCUACUACGACAUCCGCCCCAAAGCCGAGAAGCCCGCCGAGAAGCGGCGCGAGGCACAGCCCGAGGGAGCGAGUCCGCCCGUCAGCGGCCCUCGCGGCGCACGGGGAGCGCGCGAGAGCAUCCCCAUCAAGCGCCGCCCGCUGCCGUCCGACCCCACCGUGUCGCCGUCGACCAGCGUGCCCGAGCACCGCGGGCUGCAGGGCGUGCGUGCCGGGCCGCGCGAGCUGGGCUCUCCGCGCCACGCCCAGGAGCCUGCGCCACGCCGACCGGUGCCAGAGGCGUCGCCUGUCGAGCCUGCAGUGCCCAACCCGCGCUCCUCGAACCCCAGCCUCGUCCAGCCCAGCAGCUUCGACAUGUCGUACGCCGCGCCCAAGCCAUACGAGGUCAAGCCGGUAGACGCCCUGCCACGCCACCUCAUCGAUCCCGCACACCCCCGGCCCGUGUCGCAGGAGGACCUCCGCGCCCCGCGAGCCCCGCCUGUGGACGCCCUGCACGCACACUCGGCCCCGGUCGUGCCCACGCAGCACAGCUACGAGACGGACCAGCGCUACGCCAGUGUCCAGGAUCCAUACGACGACCCCUCGUACCACGUUGCGCCACUCCGCUCGAGCAGGAGCAACCUGCGGAACCAGGAGGCCUCCCCGGUGGAGCAGUACCGCCCGCACAGCUAUGUUGGAGACUCGUAUGACGAGAGCCACUCGCUGCGCAGACAGAGCGCCAUGCAGCCGACGGUGGAAGACGAGGACUUUGACCUCCCGCCGCCGCCGCCCGCCCACAGGAAGAACGCCGCCACCAUCUCGCACCCGCACGCCUACUCCCCGAACCCCUACGCGAGCGAUGCCCCGGCCCCGCUCAACUUCGCCCGCCACCAGGACCCGCCCGAGAUGUACGACCUGCAGCGCCAGCCGUAUGCCGCGCCUGAGUUGGAGUACCGCCAGCCCGCCGCGCCAGAGUUCGAGUACCGCCAGCCCGCCGCGCCUGAGAUCGAGUACCGCCAGCCCACCGAGCGCCGCUACACGCACCCCCGGGCGCAGUCGAACAGCCGUCCCGUCUCGCGCGGCGACGCCGUGGCACCUUCUCCGCUGCGGCACGAGACGUCGCUCCCGUCUGCGCUCGUUGCCGGCUUCGACCCCAACCGCGGCCAGCGAGACUCGUACCACGCCCCGCCCGCCUACGACACGCCGCCGCGCCUGCGCCAGUACUCGGAGCCUGUUGAGUACCACGCACCGCCCGAGUACACCACCCCCGUCCAGGCCCACGAGCUGGUGCACUACCAGGCGCAGCCGCCGCAGGACUCGUACUACGACCACGACCCGCCCGAGGAGCCGUGCCGCCGCUCUCCCGUCGCCGAGUACGCGCCUGUCCCGCGGCACUCGCCCAAUCCCAUCGACGACCGCGGCGCCCGGACACCCACUCGCAGCAUGCCGACCCGCAAGUCCGUCUCGCCGCGCCCGCCCCCCGCCGACGACCGCCGCCUCUCCACCAUCCCCUUCGGCCCCGACGACUUCAACGUGCUGAACCCGCAGACCAAGGACGACCCGCCCUCGCGCCCCGGCUCCCGCAUGGAGUACACCGACGCCGGCCAGAUUGUGACGUUCAGCGGCCGCACCGUCGACCCCUCGGACCACCUGCCCAUCGACAACUGGGCCCCGGAGCCCGAGCCCAAGGGCACCGUCAAGGAGAAGAACCCCCGCACGCGCGCUGUCCCCGGCGGCACCCGCAGUAUCCAGGACGCGCACGCGCGCGAGGAGCGGUACCGCCGCGACCGCGCAGAGCGCGAACGCAUCGCCGCCGCCGCGGACACGGCGUUCGGCGGCGCCGACAACAGCCAGGCGCUCGUCAUGACGCGGCGCCCAGACUUCGACGCGUCGAGCGCGCUGGUGCUGGCCGACCGCGAUGCGUACGGCGGACGGCCCGUGUCCAGGGGGUAUGAGUCCGGCCGUCCCGUGUCGCGGGGCUACGAGUCCACCCGCCCGAUAUCCCGCGGCUACGAGUCCACCCGCCCCGUAUCCCGCGGCUACGAGCCCUCAACCCGCGCCCGCGAGGCCCUGCGCGAGCGCCACUCGCCCAACGCCUACGCCGACGCAUAUCCCGCCUCCUACGGCGCCGGCGGCCGCCACGCCGCGCCCCCGAUCCCCGCCAAGAUCCCGCUCGACCGCGGUGUGCAGAACGAAGACGUCGCGCUUAGUCUCGAGUUGCAGAGUAUUGAUAUCGGACCUGCUGGGGGUGGGGGGAGGAGGCCGAGGACGAGGGGGAGGGAGUACGGUGCGUAUGUUUAG